CAUGGACAGCCCAUUAGUGGUCAAUGAAAAUAAGGUUAUUUUCUUCAGUGUCACUAGUGAUCUGUCACAACAUCACUCGUGAGUCUCCAUAUCCUCCUCUGUAGGUUUUUCUGUGUCCUACCAAACACACAUCAGUUUUCUCACAUGACAAUCUAUGUGUGGAGUUCACUUCACUGACGGAAGAAAGUGGAAAAUAUGUAUUUUUCUUUUAUUCUUCUCAUUUAUGCUACCGGUGUUGCGGUUAAAGAAAGUUGUGCAGAUUUGGUUCCCACUCCCACUAUUGUAUUUUCCCCUGGGUACAUCAAUGUAGCUACACCUGUUACAAUACGCUGUGAGUCACCAAAUGGCACAGAGUGCAAAUUCUACAAAGAUCACGACCCCAACCCUAUAAGGAAACUGGAUUACAAGCAGGGUGCUUGCCAGUUCAAGUUGUUCUGGAAUGAGUUCAAAAGGUGGAACAAGACUGAAGUAGAUCUCAGCUGUGUAAUUCUACAGAACAGAGAAGGUGAAACGAUCAAAACCUCAAAACCUAGUGAUGCUCAAAGACUUAAUGUGGGUGAUCCAAUUGGAAAGCCCAGUGUUCAUGUGUUUAAGAUUGGGAAAUACCUCAAUCUUCGAUGUGAGGCCAAGGCUGGCACCUCAUGCUACUUUUAUCUGAACAUUGGUGACUCACACUUUAAAAAACUACCCUACAAAGACAAUGUCUGUUUGGGGAGAGUGGCAGAAGAGGAACUGCUGAGGAAGAAGAGCAGUGCUGGAGAGAUCUUCAUCACCUGUGCUGUGGAGCUGGUGGUAGAGGGUGAAGAUACUGUGACAUCACAGCAUAGUGAACCCCUCGGUAUCACCAUAGAUGGAGCUACUAGUUCCCCAUCAACGUUCAGUUUAAUCACAACUGUUCAGGAGAAGACAAGCAGCAAUGUCACAGACCAAGGAAGAGGUACAAAGUUCCACGUCGUCAUCAGUCUGGGUACUUGUUCCCUUUUCCUGGUUCUGCUAGCUGGGUGUGUGCUGGGUGUUCUCCAACGCAAGUGUGGGGUUCAAGGCAGGCCUGUAAAUACUGGAAGCCCACCUGAACAGCAAGACCAAACCCCACCAUGUGUCUAUUCUGUCAUCACAAAGCCUUCUAGGGAUGAGGAAGAGGACACUAGUCUGCAAUACGCUACAGUGACAUAUACCGGUGACCAAGCUAGUUGUCAAUAUGCAACAGUGACAUCUACCGGUAACCAAGUUGAACCUGGGCGCACCAAGAUCAAGUUUGAAAUAGCUGGAGAGUACGCCCUCUUAGCAGAAUCAUAGAAGAAGAAACAUUUACUGGAUAACAUGUUUUGCCAUAGUUUACAGUUACAAUCCUAUAUUUUGUUUUCAUAUUGGAUCAUAAUUUACUCAUAGUACAAAAACAUAUCCUGCCACAAAAUCAAAGACUAAAGAUAUCUACUCCUUUCUGAAAACAAGCAUCUUCAACUAUUUGCAUUUUAGGUUAAAUGAAAUAAAUGAAAAGUACACUGUCUGAAACAUAAAAUAAAUGUUUUCCUUAAUUGAGUUACCGAAUCUAGUCAGCAGUCACCAAUCAGUAGUCACCAAUCUAUUUCACUCCUUGACAAGAGUCAAUAUAGACUCAAACCCACAAGAGGGUAGAACACAUGUCAAACUUUGCUUGUUACAUCUCUACAUCUCUCUCUCUACAUCUCUCUCUUUAACCAUGUCUGGUGUAUAUUAGUUUUCAGUGGUGGAAAAAGUACUCAACAAACAUACUUAAGUAAAAGUAAAGACACCUUCAUAGAAAAUGACUCAAGUAAUAGUAAAAAUCACCCAGUAAAAUUCUACUUGUGUAAAAGGCUAUAAGUAUUUGAUUUUAAAAUAUACUUCAGUAUCAAAAGUGAAUGUAUAACUCAUUUCAAAUUCUUUAUCUUAAGCAAACCAGAAUGCACCAUUUUCUUUUUAUUCUUCUUUUUUAUAGAAGGCCAGGGGCACACUCCAUCACUCAGCCAUCAGUUACAAACAAAUCAUGUCAGUUUAGUGAGUCCGCCAGAUCAGAGGCAGUAGGGAUGACAAGGGAUGUUCAGUUGAUAAGUGUGUGAAUUUUACAAUUUUUCUGUCCUGCUAAGCAUUCAAAAUGUAAUGAGUACUUUCGGGUGUCAAGGAAAAUGUAUGAAGUAAAAAUUACAAUGUUUUCUAAAGGAAUGUAGUGAACUAAAAGUAAAAGAAGACACAAAUAUGAAUAUAGUAUAGAUACCCCAAAAACUACUUAAGUAUUACUUUAAAGUAUUGUUACUUAAGUACUUUACACCACUGUUACUUUAAAAAAUAUGUUUUGUUAAUAUCACAGUUUACUUACAGUAUGUGACUUUACUUCCACCUGUUGAUACACUACCUCAUAUUUCCUCUCUCUGCUUCCUGAUUUUCUGCUACCCUCUUCCUGUAGUCUGUCAACAUCUGUUCCUCUCAGACCAUUUGCAAACCCACAUGAUAAUUGCAAUAAUUCAAUAAUAUUUUAAAUAUACUUUUUGCAAUUGCAAGCGGUUCCUGCCAGUUAGGCCCAACCUAAUCUGGAAUACCCAGAACAAAAUCUUGCAUGAACAUAACUCUCAUAACCUCUGUGCUCCCGACAGACGUAACAUGUUCGUUACAGAUCUUAGGACAGAUAUGCCCACCCAGAUCAGUCUUAUCUACCCCUGCAAUUGGAGCACAUUACAAACCUAUGACAGCUAUAGGUAUGAUAGUGUAUAUGAAAAUGAUGCACCAUCACAGAAGGGUCAUAGGUGGGAGCUAUUGUUUCACCAUAAAAGGAGAGAGGGGAGACACAAAAUACAGUGUGUCACUCUCACACUCACUACUGUGGCAUUGCCUGAGUCAUUAUCUACAGCCAACAGCUCCUGUGUAUAUUUCUAAAAACAUUUUCGAGAGCAGGUGAAGAUAGUCGCCCCAGAAAGCAUUUCUCAUUUCCAUAUAUCCUGUUUCACAUCUCUCUCUGCAUUAUACAUAAUAACAGGUGGCAGGUUUAAAGGACUCUUAACCGUGAUCCAAUGAAUGUGCUGCUGGUGCCUUAUGUUUAACAGAUGCAGGUACGUUUCUCCCCUUCUCUUGACCUACAGUUAACAGAUGCAGGUACGUUUCUCCCCUUCUCUUGACCUACAGUUAACAGAUGCAGGUACGUUUCUCCCCUUCUCUUGACCUACAGUUAACAGAUGCAGGUACGUUUCUCCCCUUCUCUUGACCUACAGUUAACAGAUGCAGGUACGUUUCUCCCCUUCUCUUGACCUACAGUUAACAGAUGCAGGUACGUUUCUCCUCUUCUCUUGCUUGUUUUGUCAUUCGACAUUAGGGAUGUACUUGUGUGAUUUGCAUGGUAAUCAAAGGCUGGGAAAUAAAUGUUGCGCUCUGAAGAAGGGAAUAAUCUUGCAUGUUGAAUUUGUUUUAGAACGGACACAAAUCGUAGUUUUUUCACUACGAUGUUGUCAUACCUAUCAUUCCUCAACUACCUCUCUCUUUCCUCAACUACCUCUCUCUUUCCUCAACUACCUCUCUCUUUCCUCAACUACCUCUCUCUUUCCUCAUCCUUCAAAGGGACAAGGAGAAACAGACAAACACUUGGAUUACCCAGAAGAAGCACCAGAUCUCAGUAAGCCUGAAGUUUGUGACCCUGACUGAAGUGGUUGAGCUGAGCAGUGAGUCCUCUGCCCUUGUAGAGGGUCAGCAGUGUUUGUUCUAUGUGGAUUCUAAACUCAAGGAGCUUGGUCGAUCAAAUGCCAGCCACAACCAAUGCUCCCUCCAAGUAAAGGGGUCAGAGCUGCCUGGGUGGAAGCCCAGAGGGCUGUGGUCAAAGGUCACCGUCCAGUGUCAUUAUGAAGAAGAGAAGAAGAAAAGGCAAUACCAUGACAUAAUUAUGUUUUUAUGUAGCUGCCUCACACUUUUCCUCCACUUUGCCACCAUAGUGCUUUUUUGGUUCUGUGCAUAAACAGUACAGUGGGCUGGCACACAACAAAUAAGCAUGUUAUAAAUGAGUAACCGUUGGAAUUGUGGUUUAUAGAAAGGAUUUGAUGAUUUGAUGUUUACUUUCAAAUAGUCAUUUGUCCUCAUCCCUUUGUUACAAUAACAGGAAGGUGAAGAUGAUUUGUGCUCUGCCACCUUGUCCCAUGCUGGUGCUCCUCCAUCGUACUCAGUCAAGUUUGAACAAGGCCAUGACUAUGCCACAGUGGUCAUAUACUGACCAGCAUUGCCAAACUGAAUGGACAUGAAAGGACUUCCACAUGGAUAGAUUGCUUGACUUUAACACCUACAUUUCAAUUUUCUUUCCAAGAAAUCAAUUGCAUAAAUCUAUUUGCAAUGUAGUUUUGAUUAUCCAAUUUGUCACAUUAAGAGAACAAUAAAGUUUUUGUAUUCCA